AUGCGAUUCUUGUUUAAAUCAUCACAUAAUUGCAGACAAUUUGGGUUGGUUCAGCGAUUUAGAUGGCAAGAAAAACAUCGAAGAAAUUUUGGCACAGCGUGGGGAGAAAGUUCAGAAAGGGAUUUUGGAAAUGGAGGGAGGGGAGAUGAAAGAAUAGUUUCCAAUUCGAAUUUUCCUUCCACAAAUAUUUCAGAACAAAUUGAUAUGACAAUUCUCCAACGAUCUCUCUUGGGUUUUGGCUCCGCCAUAAUGUCUAUUGUUUAUCCGGAACGUGGAGAUAUGAUUGCAACAAUGGGGGAGACAACGGUACCAAAAUCUUUACUUAUUCAUAUCCGAGACAGAAUGGCCAAGGAUGUGACUGGCUCUGAACUUUUGAAAAAGCAACCAAGAAUUACUGAAAAAACAUUUUCUAGAGAAUAUUUAGCUGAAUUACCUGAUGGAACCCUUGGAAGGGAAUAUUUGAGAUUUUUAAAUAAAUUACAUACAAGUCCUGAUUCAAGGCCCCCCGUUCAAUUUGUUGAUGAUAUUGAACUUGUUUAUGUUAUGCAACGUUAUCGAGAAACUCACGACUUUAACCAUGUUUUACUUCAAAUGCCAACUACUAUGCUUGGAGAGGUCACUGUCAAAUAUUUUGAGGCUAUUCAAUUGGGGCUUCCAAUGUGCAUUGCUGCAGCUGUUUUUGGUGGUAUACGGCUUGGGCCAAAACAUAGAAAACAAUUAUUAGAAAGAAAUUUACCUUGGAUUUUGGAACAAGCUUUGGAGGGACGUUUUUUAUUGGCAAUUGACUGGGAGAAUAGAUUUGAACAAAAUAUUGUAGAUUUACAAAAUGAAUUGGGAAUUUCUUCUUUAAAUUCUUUUAAAAUGAUGCAAAUGAGAAUUUUGAUGAGUAUUCCGUUAAGAAUGAAGGCCGCACGUUGUCUUCUAUCUUCAUCAACUAGUAAAUUUGCAAGGUUUCAGAGUGGCAGGCUUGGAAAUCGAUUAAAAAAUGCUAUCGACACAAAAAUUGAGGCAAAACAAAAUUAUACGCAAGAAGGAGCUGAACUGAGGCCAAAAAGUCAUUUAUGGAGAGCAGUAGCAUUUACAACUGCGACUGGCCUCACAGCUUUCUCAAUUGCUUCUAUAUCCGAAUACAAAAAUACCAAAAAGUCUAUCCAAGAUCUCAAUGAUGUUUUGACAGAAUUUAAACGAAUAUAUUUUGGACAACAAGAAUCAAAUAAACGAGUGGAUACUUUAAUUGCUACUCUAAUAGCAACAAAUGUUGCUGUGUUUGCUCUUUGGCGUUUUUCUAAAUUCAGUAAAUUUAUGAGCCUUUUCUUUACAAAUGGAUUUGCAUCAAAACUCCUUUGUUUACCAAUGUUAUUGAGUGUGUUUUCACAUAGCCAUUCGCUACAUAUGUUUGCGAAUAUGUACGUAUUAAAUAGUUUUUCAAAUGCAACACUUCAAUUUUUGGGAAAGGAGGAGUUCCUAGCCUUUUAUUUGACUGGCGGGGUUUUUGCUUCACUCGUUUCACUUUUUGUUAAAUCUUUUACAAAAUCAUUAUUGCCAUCACUUGGUGCAAGUGGAGCUAUUGCUGCUUUAAUUGGUUAUGUUUGUAUUGUGGCAUCAGAUGCUAAAAUUAGUAUUUUAUUUCUUCCACAAUUUCAAUUUUCUGCUGGAAAUGCUCUAAUUGGAAUACUUUUAUUUGAAACUGCAAUGCUUUUUGUUGGAGUAUUUACAAAAUUUAGACUUUUCGACAAUGCUGCUCAUUUGGGUGGACUUCUUUUUGGAAUUUGGUAUGCUGAAAGAGGCGAAGAAUUUUAUCGUCAAACUUUUGCACCUAAAUUAGUCAAUUAUUGGAAGAUUUCUGGUUUUGGUGAUUCUAGAAAAAGGGAUGAUACUCCUGUUAUUAUUUUUGACGGGAAAAAACAUAUCCAUACAACAAUGGACAAAUUACAUCAAAAUAAGAAGGAAAAUGAGCAACAAAAAGAUAAUCUUCAAAAUUUUGAAUAUCAUAAAAAUAAUAUUGAUGAAUUAAAAAAAAGAAUUGAUGAAUUGAGAGAAAAGGGUGAACGUUUAGAAGCUGAUAACGAGAAGAAACUUCGGGCAAUUACUCAACAAUUGAUGAGACGAAAACAUUGGGAUGAAUAUCAAAAAGAGAAAAAAGAAAAGCAAAAACAUCGAAAAGAACGAAUACUUGAAGAACGCAAAAGAAUGAGAAUGGAAGAGGAUGAAGGAGAUGAGGAUGAAUAUCAGACUGAUAGGGAAGAAAGAUAA